AUGAAGAAACUUGACAGAGUUACGGUCGAAGGUCUGGAAAUCAAAGCGCCUGGAGUAUAUCCGGUAGAAGCUAAAGUUCUCUACGGCCUCGUCCGGAGCGGCGACAUCUUUAUUGCUUUCGACUAUUCGCUCUCUUUGUGGAUUCUUCGAGAAUUUCAAGUAACUCCAGGUUGCGGUGGACUGUAUGAAGAGGCUGGUAUACCUGGAAAAAAACGAAACCAUACGUUCUGCCCUGGAGAAUGGAUUUUCUAUUACAGAACGGGUCGAAUAUGGAUACCUGGUAUAAGUGUCCACGUCGUCCUUCAAGAUGUGCCGGCCGAGCUGAAAAAGAAACUAUUAAGGCUAAAAGGCGAGACAGCGGACGAAAUGGUGUUAUUCGACUUUACUUCACUUGCCGAUAAGCUUGGUUUCGUUCCGAAGAGAUCUAUAAGUUAUUACUGUGAGAUCUAG